AUGGCCGCCAUAACCAAUUAUGGCACUCGCCGCAGGCACGAACUUCCGAAUCGAAAGCCUGAACAGUUCUUUGGAACACAGCUAGUCGAGGUUUCUCCUAACCAGACUUUGCACCGAAAGUCCAGCACCCUCGACUUUAUUGAAGGGCUCCACAGUUCUAAAAGGACUGUUUCCCAACCACACACUGAGGAGCACCACAAGGACAACUUCUUCGACGGAAGUCAUUCCCCGUUGCACCGCUUUAAUCUCGGUCCCAGUUCCAAUAAUGGGCUCGCUUCCUCCAAGACUUAUCACCCGACCCCCAAUACUUUCUUUGACGGUGAUGGUGUCAUGUUACGAGAGAGGAAUCCAAUGUCUUUGCAGAAGCCUAUCUCAAGACCUAGUUCUAAAUUCUUUGCCAACGAUGACAACUCUAUUACAAUGAAUCCAAUGGCCGAGCAACAAACUUCAUCAUCCGAAAAAAAACAGUUCACCAGCAAGAUCUGGAACGACUAUGAGGGGGAGACAGUAGAACAAGACUCUCAUCUUGAGAGGCAAAACUCAGGCCCUCUUCCUAAACUUACUACACAACCGGAAUGGCCCCGCCUUCGGCACCAAACUGGCCUAGCGAGAGCCAAUCGCAGUUUGGAUAACCAUAAAGAAGUCGAGAAAGUCAAAGACAAAGCUUUCGUGGAUUCGCUAUUUCCUGGGGGAAUUGAUGCUUUUGUACAGGACAAUCUACAGAAAAACUCAAUCGGUUGCGAUUACAUCAAACCUCAUUUGAUUGUCCCUUCCCCGCCUCCCUCCCCCCCUCCUGUAUUCGUAGGAGAUGUUUCUUUACCAGAGACACAAUAUCCAACUAUCAUGAAGGUGAUGUCCGGGAAACAAUUAAUUGAGGACCUGGAUGAGUAUGAACGCAACGAGCAGCAAAGAGCUGGGAAGCUGGGUCGCAUCAUCAGCACUCUCACCUUGCGUGAUCAAAUCGAAAGAAAUAUUAGCACCCACAGUCUGCAUGAUCAAGUUGGCGGAAAUAUUAGUACUCAGAGUCUGCGUAAUCAAUUCGACAGAAACACCAGCACUCAUAGUCUGCAUGAUCAAAUUGGAAGAAACCCCAACACUCAGAGUCUGGAUGAUCAAGUCGAUAGAAACACCAGCACUCAAAGUCUGCGUGAUCUUGUCGACAGAAACACUAGCACUCAGAGUCUGCGUGAUCUGGUCGACAGAAACAUUAACACUCACAAUCUGCUUGAUCAAUUCGGCAAAAAUACCAGCACUCAUAGUCUGCGCGAUCAAGUGGGCAGAAAUUUCAGUGCCCUCGUUCACCGUGAUAAAGUCGACGAAAGUCCUGCGCAGAAGAUGUUUAGCAACUCGAACAUCAGCUCUACAUCUCAAACGCUUGAUGUUCAUGGGCCCAAGAAUAAAGGGUUCAGGCGUGGUCAUGAGGCAUUACAAGUGGCCAUCAGUGAAAAAUGGGCUUGCAUGGACCGUGUCCUUAAUGCGCCUCUCGACCCCGUUUCACGAGAUAGUCGUUUUUUCGUAAUUAAAUCGAACUGUGAGCUUGAUAUUUUUGCCUCACUCAAGCAUGGCAUCUGGACCUCUACCGACCUUGGAAACAAACGACUUGAUAGAGCUUUUUGUGACCCCACACGCAAGGGACCAAUAUUUUUGUUUUUUUCAGUUAGUGGAAGUGGCAAGUUCUGUGGAAUUGCUGAAAUGACAAGUGCAAUUGAGCAUUCAGUGCACACUGGAAUUUGGUCUGAUAAGCGUUGGAGAGGUCGUUUUACUGUUGAGUGGUUGAAUGUCAAGGACAUCCCCAACGCCGAUUUGCGCCAAUUCCGUGUUGCCAAUAACGACAACAAGCCCUUCACAAACUGCCGUGACACUCAAGAGAUUCUUAUCAAUCCCGGAGAAAGUGUUUAUAACCUUUUCAGCCGUUAUGUGAGCUCUUCGAGCGUCUUUCAAUCGAGUUUCGAGGAGCAAAGAUGCGGCAACGACGAGUUGCACCAAGUUUAG